AUGGAAGCCGACAAUGCGUCAACUUUCAAUGCGAAGCCUCCACCACUAAAUUCCGACCAACUCAACUAUCUCAUUUGGAGGUACCUCCAAGAAUCGGGCUACGCCGAAGCAGCUGUCAAACUCCAACGCGAUUGGAAAGUCGAUGCCGAGAACCUGCCGUUCGCAAAGAACAUCAGAGGACAUGCGCUUGUUGGCCUGGUUCAAAAGGGAUUGAGGUAUCACCACCUUUCACUAACCAUUGACGAGAAUGGCCGGCCUUCCAGACAACUUGACGCAUCAAUGUUCUUCUUUGGUCCCGAGAGCAAUGAACGGCCACCAGAACUCCCAGAAGAACCGCUUCUGUCAGUCCCGUCACCGGCUGACUCAAGCACCACAACACGGAAAGUCGCGCGCGACAGUGUUUCGAAUGGCCUAUCAGAGCCUUCUGUCCAGCCAGCUGCCAAGCGCAGUCGUAAAACGGCAGCCGGCUCAGAUCGCAAUGGAGGUGCUGCACGCAAACCCUCGGGCUCAGUCAACCAAUUUGGGGCAGAUCACGAAAUGUCGAAUGGCCAUCCAGCUUCUGUCACCGACGCGAGAUCACCUUCCGGGACCGAAGGAGGAGUCGAGGACAAUGGACCAUUAAUCAAUGGCGCUCGAAAUGACGACCGCAUGGAGCUCGAUGAAGAAUCACCCACUGCAGACCAACAACCCCACGAAGCACUCGUGAAAGCUGUGCCACCUCCUAUUUACACCCUGACCAAUGGAUCGAGUAUAGGGAUCCAAGUCGUACCUGACAAGGUCGCAAAUCUAGCGCCAUCAACCACCUUUUUACGCAUUGACAAUGUCGCACCUUCUGAGGAAACGCCCUCCCUGGCGCGAGUGUCCUGGCGUCCUACCGAUGGCAAGGUUGUGACCGCGAUGGGUGAUAACUACUGCAAAGUCUGGAACAUGUUCGAACAGCAAACCGAUCCUGAGCAGCCACUUCGUUCUCAAGAGCUCGUUGAGGCCACCGAGUCUACGCUUGUCAGUGCCGUGGCGUGGGAACCCAAUGGAGAAAUGUUUGCUGUUGCUACCUACAGCAAUCAAGCCGGUCAAAUACAUUUGUUUGAUGGCCAAGAACUUACACUGAUGGAAACUUUGCCAGCUUCACAAAGAGCAAUCACGUCAUUGAAGUGGCAGAGCCAGGGUCUACGUCUAUUGGGCAUUGCUCCCUACGACUCAGAAGCAUCAGGCUCCACUCAGGCAGGAGGCUCAUCUAUCCUUAUGUGGGAUUUGUCGCGGUCGCCAAACUUUACCGGACCCUUGUCGGUAUCGGUUCCUGAAAUCCUUGUGGACAUGGACUGCGCCUUCUUCAAUGGCAAUGGCAUUGUUUGCGCGGCAGGCCAGCGUGCGGUAUAUCACUGUCAAGCCUUCUUCGACCUGGUCCUACAGCAGAAAUGGACUUCGCAUGCGAAUGAAAACGACCAGUGGACAUUUGUAAGAUGUGCCUGGCAUGAUUCCACGGAUGCUAUUCUGGUGGCUGCGUCAGCCGACUCUGGAUCACUGUGGGUGCCCGCUCAAAACCUCCUCAAAAGAGGUGCACAUGAUGCCGCCAUUACAGGCCUCGAAAUACGCCCUCGUCUGCCGAGUUCCUACAAUUUGUCCCUUAAGCAAGAAUUUGCUACCUCAUCGAUGGAUGGCACCGUCAAGAUAUGGAGGUUUGAUUCGGACGCAAAUUCGAUCCUUUCCGUUUGCAAGCUCAUUAUCGCCCACGCUUCGCCCGUGAUGACUCUCUCAUAUUCUCCCGAUGGCUUCUGCUUGGCUGGCGCUAGCUAUGAUGCUAUCCGUAUCUGGAAUGCAGAACAUACUUAUACGCACAUGGCAACGUGGAAAGGCGAGCCAGCUGCGUGGUCAGGCUCACAACUCAGAGACGAUGAUAUGAUGAGCAUUGGAGGUGCUUCGAGCGUAAAUGGCGACAAUCUCCAGACCAGCGCAGAUCACUCAUUGACGUGGGACGCUGAUAGCACGAAGCUCGCCUUUGGUCUUGGGGUCCAGAUCGCCGUAAUCGACUUUCAACGUUGA